AUGCUGCAGAUACCAAAUUUCCCGGAUUCAAAUAUUGCUUAUGAUGGACGAAUGGAAUGGAAUCCAACCAAAUCGAUGGAUGCUACAAUUCAACAAUUUCGUAUCGCCGUACUUAGCACAAAUGUCAGAGUUAUUAAACAAAUUCUUAAGGAAGUGCAUAAUGUUACUCCCGGUCAAAUAGGGCGGCUUCUACCAUUGAUCACUGAUCGAACAUCAGCUGAACCGACCAAAGAAGCAUUGAUGACAGCAAUUUGUAUUGGAAGUCGUCCAUUGGUUGAAUUCAUUUUAUCACUUUUCAUGGAAUAUCCCGGUGAAGAACGUAAUGGUCCGUGCAUUAUUUAA